AUGCACGACGCGGCGACAGCAUCGCAGAUGGACUACUUCAAGACAGUCGUGGACCUGACCGGGAUCGAACAGCUCUGCUUCAACUGCCGAGCGCUUCUUGACGACGGGCCGAAACACCGCAUCCAUGGACAUCUCCUUUGCAACGAAUGCGCCGACAUCGUGUCGUUGCUCCGAGUUCACAACUGGCGCGUGUGCCUCGUCUGCGCCUUGGCGGGCGAGGCCGACGACAUCGACUGCGCGGACAUCCAGAAUUUCCUGGACAGACCGAAAUUGAAGCGAAAGCUCGGUUCCACCGGUCAAGACUCCCAAGUCGCUCGUGCAGGCCUCGCAUCCAGAAUGUCGCCCCGCCGUGCUGAUAUACACACCGGCAGCACUGGCAAUGCGCCUCGCGCUAUACAAUCUACUCCAGGUACGUUUCUCUCCUGGAAAGCAGUCGGCAAGCAGCGCGGGCGAGCUGCAUACGCGUCGAACCACAGCCUCUUCUUGCGGCUCGUGCAUGACCAGCUGGCCAUCUACCGGGAGCAGCGCAACGAUGCAGCGAUCGAGGAGCUCCAUUCCACCGUCGUCGGCGCCGUCUACGCGAAGCGCCAGAAGAUGAAGCAGGCUGCGGCCAUCCUAGUUCGCGCCAUGGUCGGCUUCCAAAGACAAAGCGGAGAGAGGGACGUGAGGGCCUUCAACCUCGGCGGCGUGCACCAGGAUCGCGGAAAGCUCUCCCACACAAUACGCACGUACCAUGGGGCUGCCCAUGGCUUCCGCGAGAUCAUGGCCUUCUAUAAGACGACGAUCACGGCCUUCACGCAGCUCGCGGCUCUCUGCUCUGCUCGCCGCGCCUUCCCGGAAGCGGAGAAGGCGUACACCCUCGCGCUGCAGGGGCUGGGAGAGGCAGCAAGACAGGACUCCAUUGACGCUCUCAUCCUGAAACUCGACCUAGGAAUCUCGUAUAGAGACGUGAAAAGACUGGAGUUCGCCGAGAAGCUCAUUGAGGAGGGCCGGGCCGAAGAAGCAGAAGCGAGCUUCGCUGACGCCGCGAAGGAGUCUGCCGUGUGCGACGAAGAAUACUCUGCCAUGUCGUACGCAGCCUCUUUCGGCCUCGGCAAUCUUCUCCGCAGCCAGCGGCGGCUGGCGGAGGCCGAAGCCAUGUACCGGCAGGCGUGGAUGGCGCGCGGUCGGUCGGAGGGCCGAGUCACGCCACAUCCUGUACCAUCGCCGACGCGCUAG